AUGUUUUCUCAAACUUUAAAGAACGUGAGAUCUUCCACGAUCAUUAAAAGGUUUCUAAAACAAGCAGCUACUCCGUCAACAAGAACAUCGGUCUUACCAAAUGGUCUAACAGUCGCCACUGAAUGGAUGCCCAACACUUCAUCUGCUACAGUGGGUAUCUUCGUGGAUGCCGGUUCCAGGGCAGAGAAUGAGAAAAACAACGGGACAGCACAUUUCCUCGAACACUUGGCUUUCAAGGGGACCAAAAAUAGGUCACAAAAGGGUAUUGAGUUAGAAAUUGAGAAUAUUGGAUCUCAUUUAAACGCAUAUACCUCUAGAGAAAAUACAGUUUAUUACGCGAAAUCAUUGAAAGAAGACAUUCCAAAAGCUGUGGAUAUCUUGAGCGAUAUCUUAACGAGAUCUGUCCUCGAUCCAGAAGCCAUUGAAAGAGAACGUGAUGUCAUUAUUAGAGAAAGUGAAGAAGUGGAUAAAAUGUAUGAUGAAGUCGUGUUCGAUCAUCUUCAUGAAGUAACAUAUAAGGAUCAACCAUUAGGUAGAACCAUCUUGGGUCCAAUCAAAAAUAUACAAUCUAUCACUAGAGAUGAUUUAAGCAAAUAUAUUACGGAUAAUUAUAAAGGUGAUAGAAUGGUAUUGGCCGGAGCAGGCGCUGUGGAUCAUGAGAAGUUAGUGGAAUAUGCACAAAGAUGUUUUGGACACUUGGGAAAAUCCACUUCACCAGUACCCUUAGGCUCUCCUAGAGGUCCAUUGCCCGUGUUUAACAGAGGAGAAAGAUUAAUUGAAGAAAAAACUUUACCAACAACACAUAUUGCCAUUUCAUUAGAGGGUGUUUCUUGGUCAGCUCCUGAUUAUUUCAUUGGUCUCGCAACACAAGCAAUAAUUGGUAAUUGGGAUAGAGCCCUAGGUGCCGGAACAAAUUCUCCAUCUCCAUUGGCCGUGGCAGCUUCCAAUAAGGGAAUAUUGGCAAAUUCAUAUAUGUCCUUUUCCACAUCAUAUGCUGAUUCUGGGUUAUGGGGUAUGUAUUUAGUUUUGGACUCGAAAGAGCAUGAUGCUAAGAAAAUCAUAGAUGAAAUAAUAAAAGAAUGGCGUAGAAUCAAAUCUGGUAACAUCUCAGAUGUUGAAGUAAAUAGAGCUAAGGCACAAUUGAAAGCUGCCUUAUUGUUAUCCUUGGAUGGGACCACAGCAAUUGUUGAAGAUAUGGGAAGACAAUUUGUCACGACAGGGAAAAGACUAUCCCCUGAAGAAGUUUUCGAAAAGGUUAAUCAAAUUACAAAAGAUGAUAUUGUCAAAUGGGCAAAUUAUAGAUUGCAAGAUAAACCAGUCUCUAUGGUAGCGUUAGGUAAUAUCAAGACUGUGCCAGGAAUAUCAUACAUUGAAGAAAAAUUGAAUAAAUAA